AUGGUGCAGCCAUGGAGCCCUGAACCCGGAAUGUCGGCAAGCAGAGAAACGCUUGCCCUGGAGAGUUUGUUCCCCCACUCGGUGAGUUUUGAUCACUUUGAGCCUGAAAUGUACGAGAAUUUUGGGGAAGACACGGAUACCUUGGUGAGUUCCGAUGGGGCUCUGGCCAGAUUUGGAGAGCACAUUCCCUUGGUCUCCAGUGGCAUACAGCUUUUACAUGAGUUGGCAGGCAACCAAGAAGCCUUGGAAAGGGCGAGAAAGUCUGAUCCCUUGGGACGAGAUGGCAUCCUAGUGCAUUCUUUGGAGUAUGUGCCAGUGAUCAAUUCCAUCAUGCAAACAGUGCACCAAGCUGGAGAGGAUGAUGAAUCUUUGCAGCGUGCACGAGAACGAGAUCCCAUUGGAAGGCAUGGUUAUGUGACAAAAGCAUUGGAGCACAUCCCAUUGGUCAGUGAUGGAAUCGUGGCCAUUCACCGCCAUUCGGGUGAUGAUGUGGCAGCAGAACGUGCCCGAGGCUACAGUUUGCAAAAACUCUUUGGCCCAGACGGAGCUGUUACACGCGUCGCGGAGCUGGUUCCUGGCUUGAAUUUCUUACCUGCUGGUUUUCAUUGGAUGAAUGGUGACAGAGCCCUGGCCAAAGCACCCGAUGUGAGAUUCCAAUCCAUUGAUGCCAAGCUCUCCAAUGCCUUGAGGAAAGUCAUUGACAAUGCUGGGGACAAGUCCAUGCAAGUGAAGUAUGACAUGUCCAUGAAGAACCAAAUGUAUGGGAGGAGUGGGGACUUCAUCAAGGGACGAGAACUAUUCGCAAUGGUAUUGAUUAGCUUCAAGUCACCUGACCAUACUGAAGUUCUCUACAACGCCCAUCAUUUAUACAUGUUCAACUACUAUGGAGAUGACCAACUUGAGGCCUUCUACAACAAGUGGCUUGAUAUCAUAUACAACAUGAAACAUGAUGAUCUGCCUUCUGCAAAUUCCCUGCGUGACACAUUGUUCCGGAAGAUUGAACAUUCAAAACUUAUGUCUUUUGAUAUCAGCCGAUACCGUACCUAUGAUGAAGGGCAUCCUGAAAAGACUUAUGCAUCCCUGACCGGUAUGAUCAAAGGAUACAUAGCACGAGGAAAGCAAGAACGACUGUUGAAAGAUAGAGAACGUGCAGUGAAACUGUCAUUGUCCUCUAACAAGACAACACCUGCUCUGGAAGAUGCGGACAAGCCUGCUGCUCCCAUCAAGACCAAGAAGGAGAAUGAAGCAGCUGCAUCGUCUACAGGUGAUCCUCCCAAGCGACCUAAAGCAAAGGCGAAGAGUGAAGCUGCAUCAGUACUCCCAACACCUUCUCCGAAAUCCCAUGCCGACAAGAACAACAAGAAAGGCAAAGGUGGGAAGGGGAGAUCAUCUUCACCCGUUGACAAGAAGAAGAUUUUCUGCAAUUACUUCUUCAAUAAGGGAGGAUGCAACAAAGGUGACAAGUCCAUGUACAGGAGGUUCACCAUGGAACCGAAUCAACCGAUGGGUAAGCGAAGCAACGACACAACUCAUCGAAGCAAAGAAGCAGAUCUUCUGGGCGAUGUGGGAAGUGUUCGCAUCAGUGCUAAGUGA